AAACGCGCGCCCGUCACGUUCCCAUGCCUUCAAAUCUACACGUUCCCAUACACAAUCGCCCAAUUAUAUCCGUCAUACUUCCACAUACUCCAAACACAUGGACUUACAAUCGGUCUACCGGCCUUUUCACUAUUCAAAAUAGAUGCGAGUCGAGCCACAGUCACCCUGUUUCCCACGAUCGGAAGAACCGCCCCUAUAAUGCACCUGGGUUCCCCUUCUUAUAAAACUAGCGCUACGCCCAGCACGAUCAUCAUUUUCAGUUUGUUCUCGAACGUGUUCACGUCUCGUGUUUACGCUAGUGCCUUUUAAAAAGUUUACGUAUUCAAGAUGUCAAGUCCCGCCGUUUUUUCUCAAGAAGCUCAGCCGAUUUCACGCACUUUACAGUACCGUAAAGUGAUGAAGCCGAUGUUAGAAAGAAAAAGAAGAGCCAGAAUCAAUCGUUGUUUAGACGAACUCAAAGAUUUGAUGGUGUCAGCUCUAGCUACUGAUGGAGAAAACGUUUCAAAGUUAGAAAAAGCUGAUAUUUUAGAGCUGACAGUGUCCCAUCUACAAAAACUCAAACGUCAACAGAGAUUAUCUGCCAAUCCUUUGGUGGAAGCUGAUAGAUUCCGCUCCGGAUUCACCACUUGUGCUAGAGAAGUGUCGAGGUGCCUAGCUUCAAUUCCUGGAGUCGACAUCCACCUUGGUACCAAGUUGAUGACACAUUUGGGUCAAAGCCUGAAGAGUGUUGACCAUUUAGACGCCGUACCUGCUGCAUACACACCUCCAGCAAGUCCUGUCUACGACGAAGGUGUCCACUACCCAGCACCAGUGUCACCCUCUUCUUCGAGAAGUACAUCCAGCCCUAUCAACUGCCCCAGUUUCACAGAGAGUCAAUCAGUUUGGAGACCGUGGUGAUUUUGGACUAUUUCUCAAAGUUAAUUUCAAAUUCUUUGCUCAAUCUGAAGCUUUAAUUAUUUUUAAUGUUAAUGUAAGUACUUAUUCUUAAUUGAUAUUUGACUGUGAUAUUUCUACUUUAAUGAUAGGGCUCUAUGUCUUCCAAAUGCACUGCAAUAAUUAUGUAUUUCUAUUGAAAACAGAUAUUUUCUAAUGUUGAUGACAUUUUUGAUUAUUAAAAAUAAAAAAUCUUUGAAUUAU